CCAUCAUUAUUAAACCCCUUUACCACUUCUUCCCAGUUACGUUCUCACUAUAAAAAUUAAAAAGCAUGAAAUAUCCCACUCUUAAAUGUGGCCUUCAUGUUACACUUUUAGUAACUCCCAUCUUUCUUUCUUUUUUUCCUGGGUUUACAAAAACACGCAAUUUCCCUGUGAAAACAAGAUCAAAAGUUGCGUAUUUUCAAGCCAAAUUAAAAAGAUGUUAUUCUUUUACAUUCUUUUAAUUUUCUCGAGUAUUUUCUCAGCAAAAUGUAGUCCGACGCCUCUAGUUCCGGCGCUUUACGUGUUUGGAGAUUCAUUAUUCGAUAGUGGUAACAAUAACUGGUUGCCUACUUUGGCUAAAGCCGAUUACUAUCCUUAUGGUCUCAACUUUCCUGGAAGUAUUCCCACCGGAAGAUUCACUAAUGGCAAAACUGUUGUCGAUUUUAUAGCUGAUUAUCUUGGAGUGCCAUAUCCUCCGCCGCGAGUUAGCUUAUUGAGGCCGAAGUCGUACAUGGGGUAUAAUUAUGCCUCUGGAUCUUGCGGAAUUCUUCCUGAAACAGGAAAGUUCAUUGGAGAGUGCUUGAAUUUGGAUGAGCAAAUGAAAAUGUUUGAAGGGACAGUGAAAGAACAGUUGGCCUCAAAGUUGAAAGCCCCAAAUGAGCUUUCACAAUACUUGGCCAAGUCCAUUUUCAUUUUCUCAGUGGGAAAUAAUGACUACAUAAACACUUAUUUUGGGCUUGUUCAGACAAGACAACGAUAUAAUCCUCAACAAUUUGCUCAACUCCUGAGUGAUAAACUAUCACUAAAAUUACAGAAGCUCUAUAAUUUGGGUGCGAGGAAAAUAGUGGUGUUCGAGCUAGGUCCAAUUGGUUGCAUUCCCUCAAUAGUUAGGGGUUCGAGGCUAAAUGGAAGAUGUGACGAAAAUAUAAAUCAAGCGGUAUCAUUGUUCAACACUCAGCUUGGAUUAUUGCUCAAGAAUUUGACAUCUACUCUUCAGGAGUCACAUUUUAUAAUUGGGCAAGCCCAUGGGCUUGGAUAUGAUGCUAUCAUCAAUCCUACUAAAUAUGGGUUAAGAGAUAGUAGCAAUCCAUGUUGCAAAGCAUGGGGGAAUGGUACGUUCUCAUGCAUACCGCAGCUAACACCGUGCUCGGCCCCCGACGAACACUACUUCUGGGACGGCUAUCAUUUAACCCAAGCUACUUGCUCUGUUGUUGCAUCUCAUUGUAUCUAUGGCUCUGAUGUUUGCCUUCCUAUGAAUAUCCAGCAACUUGUUCGAGUCUAAAUUAAACGGCCGUCGAUUUUGUUAAAAAGUCUAAACAUUUUACAGUUAAACAUACUACGUACGUGAUAUACUGGUUAUAGUCUCAUUGAUAACUAACACAUUUGUUUGAUUCAGUAUUGUAAUACUUUUUCCAAGUAUCUCUAACAUAUAGGUUGGCCUCCUAAGGAAUUAAUAAUUCAUUAGUACUCCAAUUUUCCACAAUCCUCUUAA